AUGAAAAUAGAGCACGGCCUGCCAUCUCUGAGUAAAACCGAACACCACCGACUUCAACCCAGAAGCUUCCUUGAAAUCGGAUUCCGGCUCACAGACCACCGGCCGGCUUACGUAAUAAAAUGUGGAGCGGCAUGGGGACGUUUAUGUGACAAUAAGUUAUCAUCUCGCGCUUUGUUCGACAAUCUGGGGGUGGCUCCUCACCGGUUUAAUGGACGUCGUAAAUUCCGGCGCGGCCACUGCGGGAACCCUUCUUCGGGGGCAAGUCCGGUGGUGGUGGCGGUGAAUACUAAAGAAUGCUGGAGAGAGAAGUGGUGUGAAACGAUCUCUCUAAAAUUUCAAAUAAGGGGAACGUUCAACAGUUCGACAAAGAAGAUUAACAUUUUAUAUAUUCAUAGUCUGGCAGACGAGGGUGUUGGUUCAGGAUUUAGAAUGAAUUUAAACAUCAUUCACCGGCUCGUUGACAAAGAUAGAGUGAUGUGCCAUGUGCAAUUAACCAGGAAUUAUUUCCCACAAUUGAAAACCCACGCUCAAACAACAUCAAUUCAAACUGCGUCACACGUGGUGACGUCCAGCCCACCUCCGGACCCGCCACAUCUCCACCAUCUCCACAACCGGCCUCUCCCCAGCCCAAAAAUCGCACCCCAAACCCCCCACUCGCCCCAAAACACGAAAAAUAAAAAAAACCGUAAACAAAUUAAGCUCCUCCGAGUGCGUUUGAUGAAUUCCACGUCGGCGCCGCCGCGCUGCCGUCCCGAUAUUGAUUUACUCGGGCGUGUAUGUGCGAAGUGGUGGCAUUCCCAAAGUGGGCAAAAUCGCGAAAAAGGCGAAAACCAUGUAAAGAAGCCGCGCCGCGAUCCACCCGUUGUUGGCCCCACGAUGACGACGACGGACUCCGGCGAGAAUCAACUGACUCCGCAGACCCCGGUGCUAACUGUUGCAUGUCGAAUUCUGCGAUCGCCGUCGCACGAAUCCGUCACCACGGACUUGUCCUUGUUCUCAGUGUCUUCAGUCGCGUCCGACGCACAAGCGGGGCGCCGCCUUCUCAGCUUCGGCAAGUGUGAUAGCCAGUUCGCCAGGGGGCACAGCCCCAACCCCGACAACAGGCUGCAGGACAGGCCGGCCGACAUACCGGAAAUCCUUUGGUUCGAAGAAGAGACCGAACUGAUCCGGAGUUGCGCCGCCUUGUCCUCCGCCGUCGGGCUCCAGAAGAGCUUCAGUACCAGCGACAUCAGUCAAUUACCCUCACCCGAAGACAGCUCGAACGUCCCCGGCCUUCGCAGCGCCGUCUCGGAGCUGGCGCUCAACUCCUUGCAGAGAUCAGGCUUCAUCUUAGAGAAUGCCCGACUAGACCACACCUCCAGAUCUUGCUCCACGUGGGUGGCGGUGGGAGACAUAGCCUCGACCUCCCAGCUGCCGUCCCCGCACGGCGGCCAGACGUCCAGCACCGCGCAGCAGCAAGCCGGGACGCCGCCGCCGCCGCCAGUCUUCACCGCCGCCGACUUCAUUCGUUCCGUCAACAAGAAAGUGCGCCAGAACUACAUCAGACGAAGACUCCUCACGACCUACAAGGCCCUCGAGCGACUCUCUCAGAGCGAAUUUAACUUAGAUAGGCUGGAGGUGGCGCCUGCUGCCGCCACCGCUAGCGUCGUUAACACGGAGACCUCCACUCAAAACGCCGGCCCAGUUCGCCUCACGGUGCCUGGAUCGAGUCCCUCGGCCAAGGCGAAUCCGCCGCCCCCGAACAGUACCAAUGCUGCGGUUCUCCGUGCUGCCAAACAAAGAGCCAGCAAAAAUCUGCCCCUGACAAUACGCGACGUGGAACGAGAACGAGGGAAACCCCUGUCCAAGUACGAGAGGAAUAUGAUGAUUUUCAACUGGCUGCAUACGCUUGAUGACACUGUCUAUGUUGAAGGGAUUCAAUAAGAUCUUUGUAUUUAUGGUGCUCCUAUAUGUACGGGCAUUUUGUUUUCGAUUAGCUAAUUUAUUACUAUAAUGUGUACAAUUAAGCCAUUGAGAGGUGUCACUUUUGUGAAAUAUUACAUCAUAUCAAUAAAUCCAUCUGUUUUUUUGUC